AGUCCUUUGGGCGCAAGCCGCUAUGGCUGGCAGCCGUUUUUGAUUGGAUAUCAGCUUGACACCGAGUGGCUUGCGGUAUGUUCCUCAUAUAUGCCUCCGAACCAUGACUGCGGAAGGGCCCGUCGCAUUGUCGUUCGGUCCGCAACGUAGACCAUCAGAUGCAGUUUCUUUGGGCCUUCCUCGACAUUGGGCGGUGUCCGGCCACCACGGGAGUGCGCGCCAGACAGCAUCGCGUGCGCCUGUGCUUCGGAGCUGUGCCGCCUCAGUCUCGUGGACGCUGUGCUCGCUUUCCGUGGCGAGGCGCUCCCGGCGGCGACAGGGCUCCGCUCGGAGAGUCCAUCUCGCUGCCGGUGCAGGGGCCGCUCGCGAGACAUCCGCCGAUGCAGCAGGGAGGCCCUGGAGAAGUCAGGACCUGCCCAUCAAGGCGCUCCUGCCGGAGGUCCUCGAGAGGGUGGCGGCUCAUCCCAACCUGGUGCUUCAGGCAGAGACGGGGGCAGGGAAGACGACCAUGGUGCCCCUCGCCGUGCUCGACGACGGCAGGAUCCGCGGCAGAAUUCUGGUGCUGCAGCCGCGAAGGAUCGUCUGCAUUGAGGCGGCCAAGAGGAUGGCACAGAUGUGGGGCGAGGACGUCGGCGGCACCGUCGGCUACAGGAUUCGGCACGACUCGCGCUGCGGGCCAGGCACUCGCCUCGAAAUCAUAACGGAAGGGAUCCUGCUGCGGAUGCUGCAGAACAACCCAACGCUGGAGGGGAUCGGGGCAAUUUUCUUCGAUGAGUUCCACGAGCGAAACUUGGACUCGGAUAUGAGCCUGACGCUGGCGCUCAAGACGCAGAAGGAUUUCAACCCAGAGUUGCGGCUAAUCGUCAUGAGCGCAACGCUUGGCGGCCUCGGAGAAAGACUUCGGAAUCUGCUGGAUUGCCCGCUAGUUUUUUCUGAAGGUCGGUGCUUCCCUGUCGAAGUGAAGCAUGUUGGCUCGAUGUCCGAAUUGUCGUUCAACUGGGAAGCUCUCAGAGACCAUCAGUUGGAGCAUUUCGUGGCAGACCAGGUCGUCAAGUCGAUUCGCGAGCACGAUGGAGAUGUCCUCGUCUUCCUGCCAGGAGAGUCAGAGAUUAUGUAUACGUGGGCCGUCUUGAACAACAUGGGCUAUGGGGACGGAACAAUACCCGCGAAUAUAGCUUGGCAAGCCAGGCAAAUUAUGGAGGAAGGGCGAGCUGACCCAGACAAUUGUGUCGAGGUGGUUCCACUGUACGGUUCAAUGGGGCGAGAUGACCAGGAGCAGGCUUUGCGACACCGGGGAGGUUGGCGAAAGGUAUUGCUUGCGACGCCGAUUGCCGAGUCAUCUUUGACUUUGCCAUCGAUCAAAGUGGUCAUCGACACUGGUUUGAGGCGCACGGUCUUCACAGACCCCAAGACUGGCGUCACCUUCAUGAAGACAGUUCCAGUGUCAGCCGCUUCGGCAGACCAGCGAAAGGGCCGAGCAGGCCGAGUCAGUGCUGGCACUUGUUACCGGUUGUGGAACGAGAGCGAACACAAGGGACUGAAAGAGCAGGACCUGCCAGAGCUGCAUUUAGGCGAUCUUUGCUCUGCCGUGUUGGAACUGAGCCUCGCAGGAUGCUGUUCCGAGGCAUCCAUCGCGGAGUUGCCUUGGGUUGACCCUCCCCAUGCGGAUCAGCUUACGGAUGCGUGUGCUCUGCUGGCGCGCAUGAAAGCGAUCGAAAGUGUUGAUGGUGACGACGGGUGCAUGCGGAAUGCGUGGCGACUCACAUUCCGUGGACGCGAGCUGUCUCGUUUUCCCCUGCACCCCCGCCUCUCACACAUGAUCCUCCAAGCUCGGCAGGUCUCUAGAGCUUGUGCCAUAGACGCCUGCCAUCUCGCAGCCUUGCUUGAAGAUAAGGAUAUCCUUACUGGGAGUCGAAAGAGAUACGGUGCCGACGUGCAGAUCCGUUUGGAUGCCUUCAAGAACACGCUCGGAAACGGAUCGAGGCUGGACGCCAGCAGCGACCAGUCAAACGUGAUGAAGGAUGUUAAUAUGCUCGUGAUGCAAAGAGCGUCGCGAACGUCGCAGCAGCUGCAGAGGGUUGCAAGAAUCGAAGACAUCGAGGACGGUCCUUGCUCUUGGGAGUCGGACGGUUGUCCCGCUGGUAUUCUCAUCGCUUGGGCGUGCCCAGAGCUUUUGGGGACGAGAGUUGAUGCAACGACAAGGAAACAGAUUGCAUAUGCACGUCGGGGAAACACGACGUACCGCAUGUUCUCUGGAAACGAAGGUAGUCUGCAUGACGACGGCCUCAGACGUUGUGAACACAUUGCAGUCGCCAGGGCACAGGACAAUAAGAUAUUCCUGGCUGCUGAGGUCAAGCCUGAUAUGUUGGACGAGUACGGCAUCGACUUCGCGAACCCCAUCCAUCAUGAUGUCAUGGGAUGUUUACCUUGAUGCCCAGUCGAGCAACGUCCCCGUUGGCAAGGGCGCAGAGCUCGCUUCGAACAGCAUCAGCAUCGCCGUCACCGCCAAGCUAGGAUGGUGCGCACCCUCGCAGCUCGUCCGCCCGCCGUCCUUAUGGAAAACAUCUGGGGAGGGCCUUCCACGGAGGGGGGGGUCCGGAUCCCCGCUGGGCUCUCCGAGGGGAGGUUUGAGUCUGUUUGUGAUCAGGUCCGUGCGCGGGUAGUCUCACGGCCGUGCUCUAGAUUUGGGUUGGCGGCAUGGUUGCAUCGUCUAGGCCCCAUGUGCUGAAGGGAGCGCGACGCAGAAGUGGCAUGGGAACAGUGUGUGCUGAGAUUGCGGAUCGGCCCAGCCACAUGAGACGCGGCAGGAGGGGGUUGCCAACCGUCCGUGCGAA